AAAAGGACCAUGUUCCUUCAGCUCUGCCUGUGGAUGUUGCUCUUCUCUGAAUGGUCACCAACUGGACAUUCUAAAUACCGUAGCCCUCCAGAAGUAGUGGUACCAUUGAGGGUCACUGACUUUCGGAAACGUAAUCCCCCAGACUGGCUCUCCUAUAGGCUGUACUUUGGGGGACAGCGACACAUUAUCACCUUGGAGCCCAAGAAAAACUUUAUAUCCAGAAGCUUCUUACUGUUCACCUACAGUGACAAAGGAGAUCUCCUAGCAGAACAGCCUUUUGUGAAGGGUGACUGCUACUACCAUGGCUAUGUGGAUGAAGAUCCAGAAUCCACAGUAAUUAUUAACACCUGUUUGGGGAGCUUGCAAGGCAUACUAGGGAUAAACGGCACAACUUACGAAAUCAUGCCCAAGGGGUCAACUUCCACAUUUGAACAUCUGGCCUACAAAAUGGACAGUGAGGAGUCAGAGUCGAUUCCCAUGAAAUGUGCAUUAACAGAAGAGGAAAUAGCACGACAAGUAAAGCUUCAAGAAAGCAGUGACUCCAUACUUUUACAAAAUCCAUUUGAGAACUGGUGGACCCACCACAAGUAUAUUGAAUACUUUGUGGUAUUAGACAAUAAACGGUACGUUCAUAGAAAAAACAAUACGACAAAAUGUCUUCACGAUAUUUUGCUAAUGGUCAAUUCAAUAAAUAAAUAUUAUACUCAAAUAGAUCUAGAAGUGGUUUUAACCUCACUUGAAAUUUGGACUGAAAAAAAUCAUGUCAAUGUGGAAGAAAGUAUAUUUAAGGUCCUACCUAAUUUCUGCAAUUGGAAGGCAAAAAACAUUGGCAAUAAAAUUAGACACGAUAUUAUACAUCUUUUUGCCAGACAAGGAUAUGGUAAGUAUUUAGGGUUAGCUAAUGUAGCUACUGUUUGUUCAGGUAAUAAUUGUGCAGUUAACAGUUUUGUUUCUGAUUCAAUGUCAGACAUGGGAUUCAUUAUAGCGCAUGAGAUGGGUCAUAAUUUGGGCAUGUCUCAUGAUAAAUAUGGAUGUACUUGUGGGAGAAGACAAUGCAUAAUGGCCCCGUAUAAAUCUAAUUCUGACAAAUUCAGCAACUGUAGCUAUUCAGAAAUGUUUUCAGUUGUUAUGAGAAAAACCUGUGUGCACAAUAUUCCAGAUGUAGCUAUGGCAUUAAACACGACAGCCACCUGUGGGAAUAACAUAGUCGAAGAAGGAGAGCAGUGUGAUUGCGGAGACUCUGACUCCUGUGUCCGUGAUUCAUGCUGUGGGGAGGAUUGUAAUUUCAGAUCUGGUGCUCAAUGUGCUUUUGGGCUUUGCUGUAAAGAUUGCCAGUUCAUUAAACCAGGCACAGUGUGUAGAGAAGAGCAAAGUGAAUGUGACCUUCCAGAGUGGUGCAAUGGCACUUCAGCAGAGUGUCCAGAAGAUGCAUAUAAAGAGGACGGCAGUCCUUGCACGAAAGGUUAUUGCUAUGAAAUGCAAUGCCAUGGGCGUCAGGAACAGUGUCAGAGAAUUUUUGGCAAUGAAGCUAGGAGUGCGAAUGAAAUUUGCUACAUGGAAAUGAACAAACGUGGUGACCGAUUUGGUAACUGUGGUAACAACAGCUAUACCUAUAGGCGAUGCAAUCCUACUGAUGUACUCUGUGGAAGAAUUCAGUGUGAGAAUGUGCAAAAGAUUCCACAAGGAAGAAGCCAUGAAACAGUGCACUGGACUCACUUCCAAAAUAUGAUGUGCUGGUCCAUGGAAUAUCAUUUUGGAAGUAGGUUGUAUGACAGUGGAUCAGUGAAAGAUGGAACCCCUUGUGGGUCCCACCAGCUGUGCAUUAAAGGGAGUUGUGUCAGGAAGUCUGUGCUUCACACUAACUGUUCAGAAAGAGCCUGCAAUAUGCAUGGAAUCUGCAACAAUAAACGCCACUGUCAUUGUCGUUUCAAGUGGGCCCCACCAUACUGUCUAGCAUUGGGCUUUGGAGGUAGUAUAGACAGUGGACCACCUCCAGGGACAAUUACUAAGAAGCCGCCACCUAAGCAUAAAAAAAACCUAGCUUUCAGAUGUGUUGCUAAGUUGCCAGUAUUGGAUCUCUCCAAUUUUGUUAUAGCAGCAGUUAGUUCUACGAACUUUCCUCUUAGCUCUGCUUUCAUUGUGUCUCAUAAAUGA